AUGGUUUUGGCCAACAAGUUGAAUUCUUGGAAUAAGCUCCAGCAAUACUAUGACGCUGAGGGUAAAAACAUUGUUAUUAAGGAACAAUUCGAAAAGGACUCCAAGCGUUUCGACAAGUACCAUCGUGUCUUCAAGGGCGAUAAGACUGACACCAACAUCUUGUUCGAUUUCUCCAAGAACCGCAUUACUGAUGAAACUCUUCAACUCUUGUUGGACUUGGCCAAGGAAGCCAAGGUUGAGGAUAUGCGCUCCAAGAUGUUCUCUGGUGAACACAUCAACUUUACUGAAGACCGUGCUGUCCUCCACGUUGCUCUCCGUAACAUGGGCGAUAAGCCUAUCAAGGAUAACGGCCAAGAUGUCAUGCCCGAAGUUCGCGAAGUCCUCGCUCACAUGAAGGAAUUCUCUGAAUCCGUUCGCUCUGGUGAAUGGAAGGGUUAUACCGGCAAGCGUAUCACCGAUAUUGUCAACAUUGGUAUUGGUGGUUCCGACCUUGGUCCCGUUAUGGUAACUGAAGCCUUGAAGCCUUAUGCUCAAAAAGGUUUGAAGCCUCACUUUGUCUCCAACAUUGAUGGCACUCAUCUUGCUGAAGUUCUCAAGUCAGUCAACCCUGAAACUACCCUCUUCAUCAUCGCUUCCAAGACCUUCACCACUCAAGAAACCAUCACCAAUGCUGAAUCAGCCAAGGCUUGGUUCCUCGAUGCCGCUAAGGAUGCCAGCCAUGUUGCUAAGCACUUUGUUGCCCUCUCCACCAACACUGAAAAGGUCAAGGAUUUCGGUAUCGACCCCAAGAACAUGUUCAAGUUCUGGGACUGGGUCGGUGGUCGUUACUCUCUUUGGUCUGCCAUCGGUCUUUCCAUUGCUAUUACCAUUGGUUAUGACAACUUUGAACAACUUCUCCGCGGUGGCUAUGAAAUGGAUCAACACUUUGUCAAUGCUCCUCUCGACCAAAAUAUCCCUGUCUUGAUGGCCCUCAUUGGUAUUUGGUACAACAACUUCUUUGGCGCCGAAACCGAAGCCAUUCUUCCUUAUGAUCAAUACAUGCAUCGUUUCCCUGCUUACUUCCAACAGGGUAACAUGGAAUCCAACGGCAAAUACGUCUCCCGUUCCGGUGAACAAGUUCAAGCCCAAACGGGUCCCAUCAUCUGGGGUGAACCUGGUACCAACGGUCAACACGCUUUCUACCAGCUUAUUCAUCAAGGUACCAAGUUGAUUCCUUGCGAUUUCUUGGCCCCUGUUGAAACUCAAAACCCCAUCCGUAACGGUAUCCACCACGACAUCUUAUUGUCCAACUUCUUUGCUCAAACCGAAGCUUUGAUGGUCGGUAAGGAUGAAAAGCAAGUUCGUGCUGAAAUGGGCGCCAACGUUCAAGAAAACAUUGUACCCCACAAGGUCUUCAAGGGCAACAAGCCUACCAACUCCUUCUUGUUCCAAAAGUUGACUCCCGCCACUCUUGGUUCUCUUAUUGCCAUGUACGAACACAAGAUCUUUGUUCAAGGUGCUAUCUGGGACAUCAACUCUUACGAUCAAUGGGGCGUUGAACUCGGUAAGCAAUUGGCCAAGGUUAUCUUGCCUGAAUUGUCUGCUUCCGGUGAUGUCUCUUCUCAUGAUGCCUCUACCAACGGUCUUAUCAACCACUACAAGAAGAACAAGAAGCAAUAUUAA